AUGGAUGACGAAGCCAACCAGAUCCUGCUCCAGCACCACGCGCCCCUCAUCCCCUCAUGGACAUCAACGCCCAUCCCCUCGCUAUCCUUUUCCGCCGGCGGCCUCCUCGCCCUCGCGGACCUCGGCACCAUUGCGCGCCGCACCGCCGUUGUCGGCGGCGCGUCCUGGCUCGACGCGCUCGUGCUCGCCCCGGGCCUACACUACCAGCAGGCCGCCGACGCGCUGCUCGAGCAGGCAGCGACGCUCGCCUCUGAGCCGGGCCUUGCCGCCGUGGCCGUCGAGAGGCCGCCCGGGGGCCGGGCCACUUCAGCUGUCAUGGGUAGUAGUAGUAGUAGUAGUAGUGCCCCCCGGAGCUACGCCAUCCGCAACAUUGCCAUGGCGGAUUACCUGCGACGGCUGUGGGCGGGUGAAGAUGCCGGCGAUGGGGCCGCGGCGGAAAAGAAGACGGUGGUUGUUGGUGUGCGAGUAGAGGGAGGCAAGGAUGCAGACGAGUCGGGAAAGAUGCUGCUGCGGAGCGGGAUGGCGAUACUCCGUCGACAGCGGCGCCAGAAGGCACAGGUCGCUGCCGCCGCCGCCGCCGACGACGACCUCUGGCGGCUCGUCUGGCUCAGUCACCUCCUCUACGUCCUCUCCCCCCUACUCACCCUCGCCGCGACCGUCUUCAUGGUGCUUCUCGGCGACUUCUGGGGUCUUUCCUCGCUCCUCGCGCUCAUGCUCGCCCGACUCCUCAACAUUUUCAGCAUCCGCCAACGCAGCUCAUCCCCCCCCUCUCCCUUCUCCUCCUCCUCCCUGUCCGCCGAUAACCACCUGACCGAGUACGUCGUCGAGGUAAACGCACGACGCGCCGUGCUACUGCGCGGCCUCGCCUCGGACGUGCAGGCGGUGACGACGCGCGCGUGGCUUCGCGAGCGCAGCUCGGCCGACAGCUACCGCGAGGCCGCGGGGAAGUUGCUCGUGUACGGCGUGGCCGCGUUUGGCGGCAACAUGACGCAGGCGGGGUCGCUGGUGCUCGCGGGGUUGCUGCUGGCGAGCGCGGGGCUGCUGGGGCUCAGCAACGCAAAGGCGAGGGGCGGGGAGCUGCGUGUGCAUGGGAGGGUGGCGAGGCCGGAGCGGCCGAGCUCAAAGGGCGGAGAGGAGGAGGAGGAUGAUCUGGAGCAGGGGAAGAUGAGAUGA